AAUAUUGACUGCAUAUUUCGAUAAUUUUUAGUGCAACAAGUCAAGUCCCGAACUAUAAAUUUAUUUAUAUACGAAAACUGUAAAAACUUGGUUUUAAUCUAUUCUUAAACACCCCGCAUUUCAUAAUUUUAGCUACGCCAUUGUAGUUGUAUAUACCAUACUAUACGCCAAUACGCCAUUAAUCCAAAUUAAAUACAAUGUCAUUUUUUUUUUUGUUCAGAAAUAAUGCUGUAACAACUACUCAAAAGCUCUUAUUAGCAUUAAGAUUUUAUGCCACGGGAUCUUUUUUAAUUAGUGCUGGAGAUGUCGUAGGCGUAAGUAAGUCUACCGCAUGUGUAAUUGUGCGUGAUGUAAGUGUGGCCUUAGCACAACUUCGUCCUCAAUUUAUUAAAAUGCCAGAAACGAAUGACGAAAUAAAAGAGCUGCAAAAACAAUUUUAUGGUAUAGCUAAAUUUCCUUUGGUUAUUGGAGCUAUAGACUGUACUCAUAUCAAAAUUCAAAGCCCUGGUGGACCAAAUGCAGAAUAUUUUCGUAACCGAAAAGGAUGGUUUUCUCUCAAUGUCCAGACUGUAGUCUCUGCUAAGCUAAAAAUUAUGGACAUUGUUGUUCGCUGGCCAGGAUCAACACAUGACUCUACAAUAUUUUCCCGUUCAAAAAUAAAUAAUGAUUUACAUGUUGAACAAAAAUGGGGUAAUAGCUUAAUAGUUGCAGAUUCUGGUUAUGCUAACACUAAGCAUAUUGUCACACCAUUCCUUAAUCCUCAAGCAGGGCCAGAAAACCUAUACAAUGAAUCUCAAAUCCGAACUAGGAAUCCCGUAGAACGUUGUUAUGGUGUUUUGAAACGGCGAUUUCCAGUUUUGUCACUUGGGAUGAGAUUGCAAAUCUCAAACAUACAAAAUGUAAUAAUUGCUUGUUCAGUUCUUCACAAUAUAGCAAUUGACUGUAACGAUGUAAUGCCAAUGGAUGAUGUGCAAUUACCUGAUGAAUUGACAGAGUUAAUCAAUGAACCCACUAUAGAAAAUCGGCAAAAUAAUGCUAGAACAAGAUUAGUAAAUGAAUAUUUCUCACAUCUCUAAAAAUAAUAAAUAAUAAUAACUUUUAAGCAAUAGAAAUAAUUUUAAUAGUAAAAAAUAAUAAAUAGUAAAAUUUA